AUGGCUGCAACACUUGUAAAACCACCUAAUUCAACUUAUACAUUUUCCAGUCAACCUAAAGCAGUCCAGCAACAAGGACAACGGCAAAAAUUCCGACAACCUGUUACGAAUCCACCAGAUGACAGUAAUACGUUUGGAAAUCUUAUGUACGAUCGACGUGUUAUUCGUGGAAAUACCUAUGCACUGCACACACUUCCAGCGCAUGCACAACCAGACCCAAUCGAAGUUCAACGCCAACAAGAAGCUAAACGACGCGCUUUAGCGCGACGAAAAGCACGCGAACAAAUUCGAACAAGAACACCUGAACCUGUACAUAAUCGAAAGAAUAUCGAUGUUCAAACAGAACUUUAUCUUGAAGAACUCAGUGAUCGUAUUGAAGAAGCUGACGUUGACGUUCAAACAGAUGCAUUUCUUGAUCGACCACCGUCACCAUUAUUCAUUCCGCAAUCAACUGGCAAAGAUAUAUCUACACAAAUCGAAUCAGGCGAUUUAUUUGAUUUUGAUCUUGAAGUAAAACCGAUUGUUGAAACCUUAGUUGGUAAAACAGUAGAACAAGCAUUAAUUGAAGUUGCUGAAGAAGAAGAAUUAGCUGAAAUUCGUGAACAACAACGCGACUAUGAAGAAAUACGUAAUGCUGAAUUAAUCGAAUUACAAAGAUUAGAAGAACAAGAAAGACGCUUGAGAGCUGAAAAAGAUCGUCGAAUGAAACAAGCACAAGAAGCACUUCGAUUAGAGCAGGAUGUUGCACAAAAGAUAGCAGCAAGAGCUUUUGCCAAAGCUUAUCUACAAGAUCUUGUUCCAAGUGUAUUUAACAAUCUAAGAGAAAAUGGAUACUUUUAUGAUCCUGUUGAACAUGAAAUUGAAACAUCAUUUAUGCCUUGGUUAAUGGAGAAGACAAUGACACAAGUUAAUCAAUUGGUACUUGGCCGAACUAUACUUGAUUCGAUCAUUCGAGAUGUUGUUAAUCAACGUAUUGAUGAUUAUCAAAAAUUAGAAGAAACACUUAGACAAAUGAUUGAAGGUGGUAUUGAUAUGGGUACAUCAACAGGUGAGAUUGGUCAUGGUUUACAACAAGAUAUUGACCGACAAGGAUCGGGCCUAGAAGAAUCAACUUUAAGAACUGAAAAUAAUCCAAAUGAAGGAGGUGAAACUACAGGAAGUGUCUUGCAGAAUGACGACGUUGGGGAUGAGCAUGAAGAAGAACAAGUAAAUGCAGGUGAAGAUAAUGCUGACGAACAGUGA